CGAAUUAGUCAAAAUAGAGGACCAUGUAAUUAGAAAUUUCUUUAUCAAAAUUAUUAAAAAAUUAAAAGCAAUGGAAAUUAUUAGCAAUGUUGAAAUGAUUAGCAAGCAUUCCGAAAAAAAUAUUAGCAAGUAUCCCGAAUUAAAUAAAUUAAUGGAGUGUUUUACUGAAACAGGAGAUAAGAUUGAGGUAGGAUAUUCGAUUCAUUAUGUUGUUCGAUUCUUUAAAUGA